AUGGCAAGAGUGGAAGAUAUACUGGAAGUUCAUAAAAACAUAGCAGAAUCGCUCGGUAAUAGGAUGGCAGAAUUCGAAAAACAACUGAAAUCCACAAGUAGCACUGAAGGUAAUAGGAACAGUCUUGAUAAACUUGCAAGUGAGUUUAAAGAGUUUAAGGCCUCAGUGUGGAACAUCCUGGACCUCCUAAGGACACUUGUCACUAAUUUAUCUUCACAAAUUGAUGACAUCGACAACUGCAUGCUCUGCUGUUUGGUGGUAUUCAGGAGGCUGAAGCCAGGUGUGAUCCAGUACUGCCAUCGUAUAGGAAGUAAGUCUGAGUGGGCUCCUCGACCCAUUGUCGUUCGAUUUAAUGACUUAAAGGUUAAAAGUCUCAUUUGGAGUAAUAAAAAGAAAUUGAAAUCGUCUCCAGUUGUGCUGAGUGAAUUCUUGACUAAGGUUUGUCAAUCUCUCUUUACAAAAGCAAGGAAAAGAUUUGGCAUAACUAACACCUGGACCCUUAAUGGUAACAUAUAUAUCAAAUUGCCAAAUAACGAACGCAGGCGUGUCACAACUCAGGAAGAUUUUGAUGAAUGCUUAAAGAUGUUCCCCAGUCCCUCGCCCUCAUCACACUCCGUUGUCAAGCCUGCCAGCUCUGCGCUGCCUCGAGUCAGCCCUUCAGGUCUUCCUGACGCCAGCAAAAAGCCACUUACGCGACGAAAUUUGGUCAAGAAGCAAUAG